AUGGCAGGUAUUACAUCUGCAUUUGCCGUAGCUACCUCGCUGGAUAGGAAGCUUCAGAUCCCCGGCUACAAUGGCAGCAGAAAUCUCCUGCAACCAACCGAUCCGUGGCAGAGACAAACUUCUGCGCACCGAACUUCCGGCGUGUCGGAUCUGUGGAAGGUUAUUGAAACGCCUGACCUGUUCACACCGCUACCUGUGAUCAGCCGAACCAGACCCUCCGACAACAUCCUGGACCUCCACUUGCGAAGUUUUUUUGAGACUAUUCACAUAUACAUGCCUAUAUUCAAUGUCAAAAGGUUUUAUGCAAAAUAUUCGUUCGUUCGUGAACAUCUAUAUGAACCCCACUGGGGAACAAAGGCAAAUGGUAACGGUGGCAACCAGCAAUUCAUUUGUUUGGUCUUCUCCGUGCUGGCGAUGGGCGCUUUUUACACCGACGAAUUGGGAAGCAGCUCCGCCUGGGCAGCAUGGUAUUUUGAUAAAGCACAAGGUAGGCUCGUAGAGCUCUUUGAUGCGGUCGACCUGCACCUGGUACAAGCUGUUAUGUUGAUGGGCUCAUACGCACAACAUGCGAUCAAGCCGAAUUUGGCAUAUAAUUUGACCGGCACAGCAAUCAGGCUUGCCUACUCAAUCGGCUUGAACACCAACAACAGUCCAGACCAUUUGAGCUUCGAUGCCCAAGAAGCACUUCGCACAUGGUGGAUGCUCUUCAUCCAAGAAGUCGAGCUCAGCAUGGAUUCUGGUCGGCCGAUGUCUAUUCGGAGUUGCGACGUCAACGUGGAUUAUCCUUUGGACGAGGAUUUGGAUGCAACCCAGCCAACUUACACCAAAGAUACGCUGCAACAAUUGAAUAUUGAAUUACAUGGAUGGCGUGACUCGCUCCCAGCUCAGUUUUGCUUCCAGCAUGAGCGCCCACAUGGCGAACCAGAGGCACAACUGACUAGCUGGAUCAACCGCCAAAGGAGCAGCGUGAGAUUACACUACAAUGUAGCGCUCAUUACCUUGAACAGGGUGGCUCUGAUCCCUGGAACAUCUGAUCAGGUAUUGGCCGAUCGUGCCGAAUUCAGCGCAUCCUGCAUAGAGGCUGCCAGCGAGUCGAUCGUGCAUCUACAUUGGCUUCUCAGAGCCGCCCCGAAAUUGAGACGGUGGGGAUACUACUGUUACUAUUGCCUACAGGCUACGCUGGUGAUAUACCUGCGGUUGAUCGACGAUCCAUUUGGUCCAGAAGCCGCAGACAUGAUCGCUCUGUGCAGAUUCAGCAUCGAAACGUUUGAUGCGCUUCACAUUCCGGCCGCAAAACGUUGUGCUGAGGUCUUUCGACGUGCCUUGACCGAACACAAAGAUGCACGGGAAAGCGACUUCGAAAGAAGCCGGCCCGGUUCGACAAUAGUGACGGUGCCUGCGUCGUGCGAUGAUGAAGAUUUGCAGCUUGUGACUACAUCACCGCUACUGCCUACAUCGUCGCGUCAGGCGUCCGCAGUGCCAACAUUCGGGCCUGAGAACGCAAGUGGCCUUGUCUUUGGCAACACACUGGUAGACGAUACUUCCUUGAUGCACACAGAAGACGCGCAUCCAGAUGAAGAUGCUUGGUCGGGUUUGGCGAACCUGGAUUGGCAAAGCCAGUAUCUGUAG